UAAAUUAAGACAAAUUUGAAGAACAAAUCCACCCAAUUAUACUUUAAACUUUUCCCCAAAAUAACAUAUAACACCAACUGAAAACAAAAGUGACAUUCUUUCUAGAAAUUCUCCUUUUCUCUUCUCAAUUUUCAAACCCAGAAAAUCAUUUCUUACUCUCACUCAACUCUCAUACAUACACACACACUAGAUUUCUCUUUCAUGUCCUUUUGAUUUAUGCCCGAUUAAAGUUUUAGCCAUGAGUCUCUUCGGUCUCGGCAGAAACCAAAGGACAUUUCGGCCCAAAAAAAGUGCUCCUUCUGGAAGUAAGGGGGCCCAGCUGAGGCAGCUUAUUGAUGCGACCCUAGGCAGUGGAAAUCUGAGGGAAGCAGUGAGACUUCCGCCAGGGGAGGAUUUGAAUGAAUGGCUUGCUGUGAACACUGUGGAUUUCUUCAACCAGGUGAACCUACUCUAUGGUACUCUCACUGAGUUUUGUACACCAGAGAGCUGUCCUACCAUGACUGCAGGACCCAAGUAUGAGUAUCGAUGGGCUGAUGGAGUUCAGAUAAAAAAACCUAUUGAGGUUUCUGCACCGAAAUAUGUCGAGUAUUUGAUGGACUGGGUUGAAUCGCAAUUGGAUGAUGAAUCCCUCUUCCCACAGAAGAUUGGGGCACCAUUUCCUUCGAACUUUAGGGAUGUUGUCAAAACUAUCUUCAAGAGGUUGUUUAGGGUGUAUGCUCAUAUUUAUCACUCUCACUUCCAGAAGAUAGUGAGUCUCAAGGAAGAGGCCCACUUGAAUACUUGUUUCAAGCAUUUCAUAUUAUUCACAUUUGAGUUUGGGUUGAUUGAGAAGAAGGAACUGGCUCCUCUUCAUGAACUUAUAGAAUCUAUUGUUCCUUACUGAAGUAUCACCGUUUUAAUUACAUAUCCUGGAUUGUGGGUUUAGUCACAUAGUUGAAUCUAAUAAAGGAAUCAUAGGAAUUCAUCACAGUUUUUAGACUCCGUGUGCCCCUCUUUGCUCUUGUGCCUUAAUUUUAUCAUUUGUAUAUGCUUCAAUUUCCAUAUAUGAAUGUAUUUUGUUAUUACAAGUAUAUGAUAUAAACUGUGGAAAUGAUUGUUGCCAUCUUGUAUGUGCAAAUUCUCAGAGGCCUCUCCUUUCUGAUAGCUAAAUGCUUAGCAGAUCAAUUGGCGAGCGUUGGAUAUGAUGCAAUGUAGUUAUUUAUAUAAGCUAACUUUGUUUGAAUCCAUGCUUAUGGAAGAGGAAAUCUUUGUUUUUCUUGAUUGGGCAGAAUAAUAAUAGCUUGAGCAGCUAUUGUUUGCUCUUGGACCAU